AUGGCUAAAGACGUUCUGAAGAAACAGGAAAUGUAUACAGAACGCAUGGAGAAACUUAUGCAGAAAGCUAAUGCUAUGAUGUUGUUAUCGAAAUCAGAGGAGAGAAGAGAAGGCUUAUCGAUUCUUAGACAAGAAAUCGAUGGUCUUAUUGAUGAUCUAGAGUAUUUUCGCACAAUAUUCGAUCAACAGAAAUGGCAAGAUGAUGAGUCAUAUCGAAAAUUCACAUCAGCAGCCCUGAACAUGGCAAGAUCGUUAAGUUCUGAUCUACACAGGAAAGCCAGAACUCUCAAAAAAGACCGGCCAACAUACUCCCAGCGUUCAAUUACUCUGUCAAGAGACGUGCCUGUAGUUGAUAUUGAUUGA